CCCAUCGUCCUCGCUGCUCUCGAUGGACAUCCCGCUCUUUGGCGACGCACCCAACAAGCGCAGACGCGAGAUAAACCUGGGAGGUGCUCACACCGCCACCUCGCAUAACGACAUCCUACAAGAAGCCAAGCUUCGCAGAUCCCAGAGGAAUGACCUCAAACGCCGCCAAGACUCGGCCCUCCUCAUCCAGCACUGGUGGAGAGGCCGCAUAGCUCUCAAUGACGUCCGCGGGGAUCUCCGCCACACUUUCGACCAGGACGUCACGAGCAUCACCGGCCUCCGAUGUCUCGUCCUCCUCGGACAGGACGAGGAUGCGCUCGGCAGAUGGUCUACCGUCGUACUGUCCUCAUGUAAAGAUGUACUUUCCCAAGGUGACCAAAGCUGGGUCGUACUACUCCAGAGACUCGCUCUCAUCCUCCUCAGAUCCAUCUCCACUGACCCAAGAUCACAAUAUGCCCGGGCCCAUCUCGAUGUCCUCGCCACCUUACUUUCGAGUAAUCCACAACGACUCGCCAUCGCACAGUAUCUCGUCUCUCAUGGGUUCUAUACCUACCUCCGUCACGCCGUCCUCCAACUCCCUAUGCCCGCCAAAGCGUCGCCCAUCCUCACCUCUUUAGCAACCCUUCUGACUGCGCCGCUAGCCCAUCGAGACAUCCUCGCCCCUUCAUUGCGCGAGUUUGUCACCACCAUCCUCACCGUUCCGCUACUCCCUAAUCGCUUGCUGCCUGCUAUCGGUCCGUUCUCCGCACGUCUCCCUCUCGCAUCACUCAACCUAGUCCCUCUUGACAUCCUGGAUAGCCCCGCGCUCGUAGCCUCAGAACCGAAGAUACAUCUGCUCGCCAAUCUUGCUCUCCUCAUGCCGCCUAGAUACACUGUCCUGCCGCCCGCCGCUUUUGCCACAUACCUCCAGCUCGCCGCUCUGCUCAUGAAUGCACUUCCUACGAAUGCUCUAGAGCCCGCUGCGAGCAAACCCGGCGCUGCGAGCAACUGGGCUGACGACGACUCAGACGACGAGACAGAGACCACGGUCACCGUAGUCAGCUCGUUUGAGUCAAGAGAUGCGCUUCCGCAACUAGACGAGAAGACCCGCAAGCGUCUACUGACGCUGCCUUCCUCGGAGCACAUAGCCUCGCUGCUCCGGGCCGGCCAGAGCCAGGCUCUGCUUCCUCAUGUCAUCUCCUUCUGUUUCGCGCUCAGCACGGUGUGGCCGACAAGACGCGACAAGGUGCUCACCACGUUCAUGGCCUACAACAAGGGCGGUCUCGUGCGCGAGAUUUACCGCGGCUUUGUGCGGCGGUCUCCUCUGGGCCGGGACGACAGCUUCGCGGACAUUACCAAGCUGGACCACGCUGCUGACUGGCCGCCGCUGCUCCUCCUCGCGGAUCUGUACACACAGGCUCUGCUCACCAUGGGCGACGACGAGUUCUUCUCGAGCGGGAAAAACCCGGCCGCGCCACGCAACCCUCUGUCGCUCGACGAGCUGACCGAGUUCUCGCGGAAGCUGCUUAAUAUCGCGUUCUCGCUGUAUUGGCGCGAUGACUCGACGAGCGUGCAGGACGGGAGCGUACCCGGACUGGGAAGUGUGAAGUGGGAGAACGUCAGGGAGAAGGCGACGAAGUGCUUGCAGGCGCUGCAUGCGCGAGACUCGAGGCGAACGUUCACGCCCAAAGAUCACUGGCUGGUCACCUCCCAACUAGAUAUGACUUCCUUCAUCCAAGCUGCAAUCUUCGAAGAGCAAGAACUCUCGCAGCCGGAGAACGGACGCGCGACCUCCAUGAGCAAGCGGCAGAUCGCGUACCUCUCGCCGCGCCUGGGCGUGCUGAACAACAUCCCGUUCGCGAUCCCGUUCGACGUGCGCGUCGGCAUCUUCCGCCGGUUCGUGAUCAACGACAUGCAGAGCCGCGGGCUCGACUCGUUCCGCGGGCGCAUGAGCACGACGCGCGUGACGGUGCGGCGGACGAACAUCGCGCAGGACGGGUUUGAUAGGUUGGGGGACGUCGAUUUGAAGACGCCGAUUGCGAUCACGUUUAUGGACCAGUUUGGGAACGAGGAGGCGGGUAUUGAUGGAGGAGGGGUGUUCAAGGAGUUCUUGACGAGUUUGUGCAAGGAGGUCUUCGAUAGUGACCGUGGGCUUUGGUUGGCCAACAAGAAGAACGAGUUGUACCCGGCACCGCAUUCUUAUGCGACGGAAGCCCAUAGCCUGGCGUGGUACCGCUUCAUCGGGCGGAUACUGGGUAAGGCGCUGUACGAUGGGAUCCUCAUCGACGUCGCCUUCGCCGGGUUCUUCCUCGCGAAGUGGCUCGGGAAGCAGAGCUGGCUGGACGACCUCGCCUCGCUCGACCCCGAGCUGUACUCGGGGCUCAUCUUCCUCAAGCACUACGAAGGCGACCCCGAGGAGCUCUCGCUCAACUUCACCGUCUCCCAGGAAGAGUUCGGCGUGAUGAAGACGGCGGACCUGAUCCCGAACGGGAGCAACAUCCCCGUGACGCGCGAGAACCGGCUGCAGUACAUCUACCUCGUCGCGCACCACCGGCUCACGAAGCAGAUCAAGAAGCAGAGCACGGCGUUCUUCGAGGGCCUCUCGGAGAUCAUCGACCCGAAGUGGCUGCGCAUGUUCAACCAGCAGGAGCUGCAGAUUCUGCUCGGCGGCGUGAAUGCGCCGAUUGACCUGGACGAUUUGCGCUCGCAUACGCAGUAUGGCGGGUUGUAUGAUGAUCAUGAGCAUACUAUCGAGAUAUUCUGGAGCGUGGUCAAGACGUUCAACCAGGACGAGCGGCGGAAGCUGCUGCGUUUCGUCACGAGUUGCAGUCGACCACCCUUGCUCGGCUUCAAGGAACUCAAUCCGAACUUUGCGAUACGAGACGCGACGGGGGACGAGACCCGGCUGCCCACGGCCAGUACGUGCGUGAACCUGCUCAAGUUACCGCGCUACAAGAGCCCGCAGGUGUUGAGGGAAAAGCUCGUGCAGGCGAUCAACUCGAACGCCGGGUUCGACUUGUCGUGAGCGGGGUAUCGGUCUCGGGGUGUAGAUGAGGUGAAGAUGUCUGCUGCUUUCGUUCGCCGCUAUGGCUGUAGGGCUGGAUGUACUAGCGUCGCGUGUACUGCAUAAAGGUGUAAUGGUAACGAAAU